AUGAACGGGAUCAAACGAGCCUUCGCCAAGCACGGUCGCAGUGGAAGCGGCAAAGCGAGCAACAUGCCUCCCCCCGAAGACCAGCGACCGAAUGGCAACAGUGAACGCACGCCGCUCAUCAGCAACGCAGCCAACAGCUUGGGAAAUCUGGGAAGCGGUAACGGAAAGUCACUGGCCGAAGACGACCGCUGGUAUGUGAGGUUGCCGUCCAACUUCGUGCGCCUGACAUGGCUCACUUUGGCGAGCAACUAUGUCAAUGUCCUUCUGGUCUUCGUGCCGGCAGGCAUUAUCUUGGSCGCGAUGGAUGCCAACCCCACUGCCGUCUUCGUUGUCAACUUCCUGGCCAUUGUUCCGUUGGCGGCGCUGCUGAGCUUUGCGACCGAAGAAUUGAGUGUGAAGUUGGGACAGACCAUCGGUGGAUUGAUGAAUGCAACUUUCGGAAAUGCUGUCGAGCUGAUUGUAUCCAUUGUCGCCCUAACCAAGGGAGAGAUUCGCAUCGUUCAAGCGAGCAUGCUUGGCUCGGUCUUGUCCAACAUUUUGCUUGUGCUCGGAUGCUGCUUCAUUGCGUCCGGUGUGCGUCGUCAGCAGAGCACGUUCAACGAGACCGUGGCAUCGACCAUGUCCUCGUUGAUGGCUGUCGCCGCGACGUGCCUGAUAAUUCCGGCCACCAUGUACGCUGCGCUUACCAAGAGCAGCGCUGACUCCGUGGACAACAUCCUAGUCCUUUCGCGUGGAACUUCCAUCAUCAUGCUGCUCCUCUACAUCCUUUACCUUGUUUUCCAGCUUAAGACGCACGCAAGUCUAUUUGAUGCAGAGGCCCAAGACGGCGGCGACGGCGAGGACAACGAGCCUGAGAUCCUUGGUCCCGUUGCCGCCGGUAUUGCCUUGGUGAUCGUCACCCUCCUCGUUGCCGUGUGCGCGGAGUACCUUGUCGGAUCCAUCGACUCCAUCGUCGAAUCAUCUGGUGUCAGCAAGACAUUCAUUGGUCUUAUCCUGCUGCCCAUCGUUGGAAACGCCGCUGAGCACGUMACCGCAGUCGUCGUUGCAUACAAGGACAAGAUGGACUUGGCCAUUGGUGUUGCAAUAGGAAGCUCCAUGCAAAUCGCCCUUUUCGUCACCCCAUUCCUCGUCAUCCUCGGCUGGAUCAUGGGCCAGGAAAUGACUCUCCACUUCGAAGGCUUCGAGACUGUUGUCUUUUUCUUGAGUGUACUGGUUGUCAACUACCUGAUCCAAGACGGCAAGAGCAAUUACUUGGAGGGAUGCAUGUGCAUCGGACUGUAUGCCGUCAUCGCCAUUGCAUUCUGGGUGUACCCCGAGGAUGCCGGUGAUAUUGGCAGCAUGGUCGACAGUUUCUUUGGUCGUUAG